AUGUCCCACAGCCACUCACAUGACAGCGCGUCACAUUCGCAUGCCGCAGCGGACCACGGCCACACCCACGAGAUCCUAGAUGGCCCAGGCAGCUUCAAUGGGCGUGAGAUGCCCAUGAUCGAGGGCCGAGACUGGGAAGAGAGGUCUUUUACCGUGGGCAUUGGCGGACCAGUCGGCUCCGGAAAGACUGCACUUAUGCUGGCUCUCUGUAAACGCCUUCGAUCCCGCUUCUCGAUUGCCGCCGUUACCAACGACAUCUUCACGCGCGAGGAUUGCGAGUUCCUCACAAAGAACAAUGCCUUACCCGCAGAGCGAAUUGUAGCCGUCGAGACUGGAGGCUGUCCGCACGCCGCAGUCCGCGAAGACAUCUCCGUCAACCUGCUCACCCUGACCAACCUCCACCGCAAAUUCGACACCGACCUCCUCCUCAUCGAAUCUGGAGGUGACAAUCUAGCCGCAAACUACUCGCGCGAACUCGCCGACUUCAUCAUCUACGUGAUCGAUGUAGCAGGCGGCGACAAGAUUCCACGCAAAGGGGGUCCAGGCAUCACACAAUCUGAUCUAUUGGUCGUCAACAAAAUCGACCUCGCAGAAGCCGUCGGGGCAGACAUCUCCGUCAUGGAAAGAGACAGCCGGAGAAUGCGUGAGGGUGGGCCUACGAUCUUCGCGGUGGUCAAGAGAGAUCAGGGCGUCGAUGCCAUCGUCGAGCUCAUUCUGUCCGCUUGGAAGGCGUCAGGUGCCGUCCAGGCACGCAAAGAGAAAUUCAACCCUACCUUGAUGCAGGAAAACUAG